AAUCUUUGAUUAAUCUACACGGCAAAAACGGGACACGCAUCCCCCUAAUCUCUCUCUCUCUUUGCGUCAAGUGUUGGAGCUCACAGUUCGAACUUCGAAGCCUGUGAGUCCGUCUUGUUCCUCAACGGCAUGAACUAACAGCUCCCACCCUCUCUCAUUUCGGGUUGGCCGCUUGAAGCAUCCGAUCAUGCAUCAUAUUGGAGAGAGCAGGACAUCGAGAGAGGCUGUGGAUAAUGAAGAGGAAAUCUUGCUUAAGAACGAAAAUAGCGGAACAGAUGACGAACCUAAGAUUAACUAUAGAGGGUGGAAGGUCAUGCCCUUCAUAAUAGGGAAUGAGAUUUUUGAGAAGCUAGGAGCUAUUGGUACAUUGUCCAAUCUCUUGGUCUAUCUCACUACAGUAUUCAAUUUAGAAAACAUCACAGCUACAAAUAUUAUCAACAUCUUCAAUGGCAGCACCAACUUUGCUACGAUAAUUGGAGCUUUCUGCUCUGACACCUAUUUUGGCCGCUACAAGACUCUAGGAUUCUGCACGGUGGCUUCAUUUCUGGGUUUAUUAGUAAUACAACUGACAGCAGCAAUUGAGAAGCUGCAUCCACCUCAUUGCGAAGAGAACACCACAUGCAAAGGCCCAACAGAGGGGCAAAUGACAUUUCUAAAGACUGGUCUUGGAUUAUUGUUGAUAGGAGCUGCGGGGAUAAGACCAUGUAACUUGGCGUUUGGGGCUGAUCAGUUUAAUCCUAAUACAGAUUCUGGGAAGAAAGGGAUCAAUAGCUUCUUCAAUUGGUACUUUUUCACUUUUACCAUUGCUCAAAUGAUAUCCUUAACAAUCAUUGUCUAUAUACAGUCAAAUGUUAGCUGGGCAGUGGGUCUGGGAAUUCCCGCUGCGUUGAUGUUGUUAUCUUCUGUAAUCUUCUUUUUGGGUUCGAAUAUGUAUGUAAAAGUUAAACCAAGUGGGAGUCCUCUGACUAGUAUAGUGCAAGUUAUAGUGGUCGCAGCUAAGAAAAGGAAGCUGAAGCUAUCAGAAUAUCUAUAUCCUUCCCUCUUCAACUACUUGCCUCCAAAAUCAGUGAAUUCUAAGCUUCCCUAUACAUAUCAAUUCAGGUUCCUCGACAAAGCAGCAAUUAUGACUCCUCAAGAUCAACUAAAUCCCAAUGGAUCUGCUGCUGAUCCCUGGAGUCUUUGCAGUAUGCAGCAAGUGGAGGAGGUCAAAUGCUUGUUGAGAGUGUUACCAAUCUGGGUUUCAUCAAUUUUAUACUUUGUUGUUAUUGUCCAACAGCACACUGUUGUAGUGUUCCAAGCCCUUAUAUCUGACAGGCGUAUUGGGAGUAGCAAUUUCAUGAUCCCAGCUGCAUCCUAUUAUGUCUUCCUGAUGAUUACCGUGGCAAUAUGGUUACCUCUCUAUGACAGAAAAGUCAUGCCUUUGCUUCAGAAGCUCACCCGAAGAGAGAGUGGCAUCACACUCCUCCAGAGGAUGGGCACUGGCAUUUUUUUCUCUAUAAUCAGCAUGCUAGUGUCUGCAAAGGUUGAACGGCACCGGAGAAAUCUGGCUCUGACCGAACCACUUGGAAUUGAAACGAGAAAAGGUGUGAUUUCAUCAAUGUCAGGUAUGUGGCUGAUUCCUCAGCUGGCAUUGGCUGGUUUAGCCGAGGCAUUUAUGUCCGUUGCACAAGUCGAAUUUUACUACAAACAGUUUCCUGAAAACAUGAGAAGCAUGGCAGGCUCUCUUUACUACUGCGGCCAUGCAGGGUCAAGUUAUUUGAGUACUUUGCUGAUUUCGACCGUCCACCAAAUCACCGCAAGAUCUGCAACUGGGAAUUGGCUGCCGGAGGAUCUGAACAAGGGGAGGUUGGAUAACUUCUAUUGCAUCAUUGCUGCUAUAGAAGUUGUUAAUUUGGGCUACUUUCUGAUAUGUUCACAGUGGUAUCGGUACAAAGGGACGGACAGCAGCUCCACCGAGCUUGAAAAAUUGACACAACAAUCUGAAAGAACUGCAAAUGGUGUUUAAUGGUUUGAGUUUAUUAUUGCUCUUUUGUAGUCAUAGGUCUAUAACUACACUCAACCUUCAUUGAACCAUGACCCUAACAUGAAAUCUCACUUCAUCAUGUGGAGCCAUUACACUUGUAGAGAUCAAAAUCAAAUAGAUUAUUGCAUCGAAAACAAUGUUCUUCCCCUUCAAUUAUAUAGUUUUCAGAGAUAUGUUAUAUGUAGGUUAGGUAAACGGAUGAAUGUACUAAUUUUUUUUGUUUUU